AUGAAUCUUUCGUCAUUGGAAUUUAAAUUGAUGCAUCAUUCAGACCCUUUAGGUUCAACUUUUUAUAGUUCCAAGGGAUCGCAGAUGCAUAUGAAUCAAUACUUAUCGCCAAGUUUAAAUACUUUAUCUGGCUCGGGAAGGUUUUACAUGAAUUCUACUUCAAUUCCUGUAAUGCAGAGAGAUGCUCUUACAUUAUUUCAGCCGAGAUCAGUUUAUUCCGCUACGUUGAAUGAGGAAAAUUCAAUGUUUCAUUUGUUCAAUACAAUUCAUUCAUUUAUGGGUAAUGAAAAACAGGAUUUGGAUGAGCAGGAUAAGGAUAAAAUACGAAACGAACGUGCAAUUACAGUAAAGAUGCUACAACAGAAUGCAAUAUUUGAAGACAAACAUUUAGCUGUUGAGUCAAUUUGUGAUAUUUAUCAACCAUCUUUUGAUAUUUCAGAUUAUAUUCUUUCUGGUUAUGAAACAAUCAUAAAAAGCCCGCGGGUAUUUCGGUCAGCUGUAUCCCCCGGAUCAACUACAGUAAGUGAAUUUGCACCAAUUACACCUCCAUCUGCUACUAAUGAUCUUAAUUACUUCGAUUACAUGUUGCCACAUACACAGCCAGCAGCAUUAAAUCAACAAUGGUUGGUAGAUAUGAAGCAAAAUAGUAGCAAUGAAACACAUGUGGAUCCAUCAAGAUUAUGUGUUAGUCCAAUUUCACAAGCUAAUUUUUCUGUGAAUGAAUCUAUAGUAGAGAAAAAUUUAAAACAUAGUGAAAAUAAGGACAAUAAAACAGGAUAUGAUAAACAGGAAGAACUAGAUGAAAAGGUAUUAGUUGAUGCGUCAAAAAAUGAAAAUGAUAAAAAAACUGAGAAGAUUGACCUGGAACACGUAGAGAAACCAGCAACUAUCUUAAAAACAAAAAAGGCCUCAAAAACAAAAAAAAGUGCAUCUAAACGACGCAAUGAAUCUCGAUAUAUAGAAGAUGUUGAAUAUGGUUUAAAGCCAAAAAGAGGUCGUGUACCUAAAGAACAGCGACAAAAACUUUUAGAAAUGUCUACAUCGGCUAUCUCUAAUGCCAAUUCUCUCGUAGGUCUUGGUAUUUCAUUACAUGAUUCUCGAUAUAAUCAAGGAAUGUCUACAUUUUUUCAGGACAAAGUUGAAUCUGAUAGUAAAGAAAGAGAUAAUGCAAAUUUUCCUCCUCAUGGCGUUUUUCUUACAAAAACAAAAGUAUCUUGUCGAAAGUAUAGUCAAACACAUUUGCAAAAAAGAGGGAGCUCAAUAGAAAAGUCUUUUAUAUGUGAGAUCAUUGGUUGUGAAAAGAGGUUCCGUCGAAGCGAACAUCUUAAACGACAUGUACGAUCUUUACAUACAGGGGAGAAGCCAUUUUUAUGUAUAGUAUGUCAUAAAAGAUUUAGUCGUUCAGAUAAUUUAAAUCAGCAUUUGAGAGUUCACAAGAUCUCUAAUGGAGAUAAUCAAAAUACAUUAGUAAAUAAAAGACGGACCAGAAUGGUGACAAAAAAGCUUAGAUAUCAUGGUUCACCAUAA